CGCCAUGUCGGCGCAACGACAGUCGGUCAAGGGUCGCGAUAGAAGUCCCAGCUCGACGCCAGUACCGUCCACGGAACCGCAGAACGAUGGCUCCCAGAUUCCCGAUGCGCAGUGGAAGGCCAUGUCUAGGGUGCUCAAUGCCAUCUACGACUUCCGUACUGGCGAAGGCUUCGACCCUUCGAAGCUCUUCCACCGUCUGAUCAAUAAGCGGGUGCUGCCCGAGUACUACGAGACGAUCAAGGAGCCCAUGGCGCUGUCGACCAUCAAGCGCAAGAUCGCGCGCAAAGAGUAUCAGACCAUCCGUGAUUUCGUGCGUGACUUCGCCCUCAUCCCGUACAACGCGCAGGUGUUCAAUAUUCCCGAGAGUGGUGCCUUUCAGGAUGCGCUGGUUGUCAAGCAGGAAAUAGAGAGGCAGUUACAAUUACUCGUGCAGGAGGAUAUCAUAGCAGCACAGGACGCCAUUCUACCCAACUUGGGCGAGAUCCCCACGUUUGUGGAGACUGCGCCGGCGGUGGAGGAAGCGUCAGGGCCAGCAGAGGCGGAAGCCGAGGCGGACGAUUCGUCUGAUGAGGACGUCGACGAGGAUGAGGAUGAUGAUGAUGAAGAGGGCGGUAGAAAGAAGAAGCGGAAGGGAGCACGAGCCUCUACGGCUGCAUCGAAACGAGAGGCAGAACACGAUGGGGAUGAGGGCAAACGCUCCCGAGGGAGACCCCCUAAGCUGCUGACACCAAUGGAGGCACGGAUACAGACCAUUCUCAAAGGGAUUCGAAAGCCAAAGAACAAUCGUGGGCAGCUCAUUAUCAAGAGCUUCGACCGACUGCCAGACAAGGCGCAGCUGCCAGACUACUACAACGAGAUCAAGAACCCAAUGGCGUACGAUCAGCUCAAGCGCAAAGUGAAGCGGAAGAAGUACAAGUCGCUGGAAGAUUUCAUGGCGGAUGUCAAUCUAAUGUUCAACAAUGCCAAGCAGUACAACACGGACGACUCGCAGAUCUAUAAAGAAGCAGUUCUUUUGCAAGUCGAGGCCGGUAAAUUGUAUGAUGCAGAAAAGGCAAAGCCCGAUGAUGCCUUUGCAGAUGACGAGGGCAAGGUGCCGCUUCCGAACGGCGUUUUGCACAACGGGGAGCUGUACAAGGUUGGAGACUGGGUGCACAUUCAGAAUCCGAAUGACCUGACGAAACCAAUUCCUACUCAAGUAUACCGCACGUACAAGAAUCCGAAGGGCGAGAACAUGGUCAAUGUAUGCUGGUACUAUCGACCAGAGCAGACCGUGCAUCGCUUUGACAAGCAUUUCUUCGCAAACGAGAUUGUGAAGACUGGACGCUAUCGUGAUCACCGCCUUGACGAAGUCGAAGGCAAGUGCUUUGUUAUGUUCUACACUCGAUAUUUCAAGGGCCGGCCACGUAACAUAGCUGAAGGCACGGAGAUCUAUGUCUGCCAGUCGCGUUACAAUGAGACUCUGCACCAGUUCAAUACCAUCAAAACGUGGGCCAGCUGUCUGCCUGAUGAAGUACGCGACAAGGAUUACGAGAUGGAUUUGUUCGACCACCCACGAAAAAUAAAGAAGUACCCGAGCCCAAUCGCUUUCAUGCUCAAGGAUGAUCAGAAGGAGACAGACGAGUUUCCAAAAGUGCAGUGGGGAGCGGAAGGGGCACCACCAAAGAUUGGAGCUGUCCAUAGGAGGCCACGUGGUGAGAAAGACUCUCCACCUCCUGAACCAACGCCUCCGCCCCCGCCUAAGCUGCCAACACCGCCGCCGCGACAGAUUCCGCCGACUCCUCAGCACAACUACCAGCAGCCGAUGGCUCAGCAACUGCAUCGUGCGCCAUCGAACCCAACGAUGCCGAUCCAGCAAUAUACGCCUCGUCCGCAGCAGUAUCAGACCCCGGGCCCUGCCACAGUACCAAGGCCUCCCUCAACCACUCCAGUCAGUUACCAACAGCCACCCACGCCACAUCAGCCUCAAACAGUCCCCCCGCGUCCCAUGGUACCAACGACUAGCUACGCCCCUCCAGCAAGCGUGGUAACCAAUCCUGUAGUCUAUGCGCCACGUCCUCCAACUCAGGACUAUCGUGCUCCGCCUCCUUGCGAAGUGUAUACCCUGCCAGAUGCUGCGAACCUGAGCAUUCCCGCCGAGGUACGCGAACAAUAUCAAUGCGAUGAGUAUGGUCGAGUGCUCUUCUUCACGACGCCUCCCGUCGCUAUGAAGCAGCCAGCAGACAUCGCGCAAGGCCACAGUGUUCGAUAUCUGGCGGAAAAGGCGCGGCGCAAACUUGCAAUAGAGAAGAAGCGGAAAGAGCGCGAGGCGGAGCAAGAUGACUCAAGUCGUGCUGCCAAGAAGAUCAAAUUGCAAGCAGUGCAGCAGGUGGCCGAUGAUAUUGACGUGAUGAAGUGGAAGGCCUUGCAAGUACUUGAUAAGCAGCUCGCUGCUGCUGUCGCUGCGCAGGUUGAUGAUCGGGACCUGGAAGCUCUCGCUCAAGCUCAGAAGACUGCUGAGGAGCAGAAGGCUGCUCGUGAUGCUAAUGAGAGGUUGAGGACUGCCGUGCGCAGUAUCAAACUGGGCAGUAACUUCUUUGCAGAUGACUGGGACUCGAGAAUCGUGUCUUAGGUUGUAUCUCGGGAAGUUAGAUAGUAGUGAUUCUGACUGCCUUCUCUACCCAAAAUCGAAAGCUCAUACCCUGAUGUCUGCUUCCGUACUCACACGCCGAAAUCCCGGGCAUUUGUCAAUGCCUAGGUACCUGUUGUCGCCUUGGGCGCACAUCACUCCAUACUUGGUGCCGUUGACCCAAGUGUCUGGCAGGUGGCGGUAGGUCACGAGCUUGCCCCUGUCCUCAAAUUUGUUUAGAGAUGGAUAAUAGGUUCCCUGGCGCCGGUCGAAUCGACACAUCGGGCUUGGUCUCUAGCCUCCGAGCAUGAUGCACCGCAUCUGAGCCGACAUUCCCUUCAUUAGCAUCAUCUGAACAGCCAUCAGAAAGCCAUAUUUCUUGCCCUUGGCAAGCUCUUCGUACUGGAAGCGUCGAACGCCAAGCCGCUCACAGCCAAAUCUUGUGUCGUUGGAGAUAUGCAGACGGCGUAGGUAGCCUAGGCUUGCUUCAUGAAACUCCGAAGCAUUAUCGAAGACUGUCCAACGCUGGGAGAGCUUAGAGCUGCUAAGAGGCUUGGUUGCUGGCACGAAAUGAUUGGCUGGAUUGUUGGCUCUGGCAUCCCGCAUGAAGAGGCAUUGAACCUGGUCGUUCUUGGUCGCCACCUUGGAGUAGCCGCCUUCAAUACCAGGGGUAGCGAAAUCGCCUACGAGGAUGAAUUUCCGCCGAGGAUAUAUAUCAAUCAGACGCUGGAUGCUGCGCUGUCGAGAAUUGAGUAAACGAUUAGGACGCAAACUUUGCGUGACUUCACGGAAGGCGAUCUCUCCUGGCGGGUAGCUGAGCGGUGUUGUCAGCGAAUAUGCUCCGAGUAUCACGCAAUGCGCCGUUGGGACAGAGCAACGCACUGUAAUUGGAGGCCAGUGGUGUAGCCUUCACCAGCCAAGCUGCUGAAAGCAUCAGUGACGUAGGCGAAGUGAAUCUUGUCUGCCAGAACGUCCUGGUAGUCGCGGUACAGCGCUGGCAUGUCUGUUACAGGCUCCAACGGGUAGUGGAAUGUGUUGAGGAGAGCUCGCUUUGGAUUCCAGAGCUCUGUCACUCGGAGCACAUCGUCCACGUCACUAAUGAUCAUGAUAUCGGUGUCAUUGGACUUGAUGUCGACCGCGGCCGCGCGGCAAAUGGUUAAGCAGACGACAAGGGCGGCGAGGAGGACCAUUUCCAGCACUCGAGGAUGGCGUAAGGGUACAAACGAUGAUCAGCCCGUGGAAGCUUGGGGCGGGUAAAAUGGUGAGAGGAG